AUGGAUGAUGGCCAACCGGAAGAACAUCUGAGCAGUGCAGCGUCCAUCGUUCUAUCACUGUGGCUCUCCUUGUGCAGUAUUGCGUCUGUUACUGGAAAUGCAGUUGUGUUGUGGUUGUUCUACAAAAACGAGUCUCUACGGACAGUUUCCAACCGAUUUUUAGCCUCGUUGUCGGUAGCAGACUUUUUAGUUGGGCUUGUGAUAGACCCUGUGUGGAUAGCCAUCAGAUUUUUUAUUGAGCCCCCGUCUCCAAGCGUUUUGCACGAAUUAACAUUAAUGUUGUGGAUUUACACAACCGCCGCCACCACUUUCAACAUUUGUUGUGUUUCUGUCGACCGAUUCAUUGCCAUUCGGUUUCCUUUCCGUUAUCAGGACAUGGUAACCAAGAAACGAUGUUACACAGUGAUAAUUUUGGUGUGGUUAUUGUCAUUAUGUCUUCCUUUCUCGAAGUUGUCGGUGACAAACGCGGGAGACAUAAAUAGAGCAAUAUUUUGGUUUUCUUUAACAUUUAUAACAUUUGUUUUUCCGUUAGUGAUAGUUUCAUUAUCAUACAUCUGUAUUUUAAAAGCAGCAAAAGAACAAUUUAAAAGAAUAUGUGGAGAUGAAAAUUCUCGAAAUUACAACGAAAAUAUCAAAGUUCGUACUUUACAAAAUUUCAAAGCUAUCAAAACAGUCGGUUUUGUUUUGGGUGCUUGCAUCAUCACAUGGAUGCCAAGUUUAGUUCUCAUGGUAUUUGAUAUUUAUUAUGUCAUAGAAAAUAGCAGGGAGAAAAUGCGUUCAUUGUUGUUGGUUGUAUGGCCUUGGGUUGAUGCAGUUGCAUUUACUUCAUCAGCAAUCAAUCCAUUAAUUUAUUACUUUCGAAAUCAAGACUUUCGCCAAGCCUUUCGCCGUACCUUUCGUUGGUUGCCCUGUGGAUUCACGGAGUAA